AUGACCCAACCAUCCUCGUUGCCACCGCUCACGCCGCAGUUUUGUUUCUCGACAACUGUCCUUCGAGAUUUUCUUCGGCUGUCGAGGGGCACCAUUGAUGACACAAUCACACAAAACCUCAAUGCCUUAGCAACACCAUCUAGAGCGGGGUUUGAUCCAACUUCCACCUCUCGCCUGGCGCGGCCAGCCACACGGCAGAUUGAUGCAAGCUCCUGCGAAGCCUUCAAAAACCAGGUUCUAUUUCCGUCGUGGCAGUCCCGCUCCGAUGUGUUGAGCUAUUGCACCUUGGUGGCCACGAGCCCUGAUCCCGAUGACCCUGAAGCCACUCUCAGGGAGACAGAAAAAGAGAAAAACAGGGAGCGUGUUGUGGACGAGAGGUUGGAUCCAUAUUCGUCACGUUUCUUCCCACGAGAGGCGCGAACCGAGCAGCUGGCGACAAUACUUCGGCAGGAAAUGGGCGUUGAAAACAUCGUCCGGGCAAGAAGCUGGGGAAUUGUUCGGGAAAGAUGCGGUGAUAUCGAAAACAGCUGGGAAGAUGCUCUGGCUCGCUGGCGAAAGCUCCAUACGGCGUCAUAG